UUCCAAAAAAAAAUAGUCUGACGUAUUUGGAUUUCUCGGGAAACGUUAUCACUGCAAUGACUGGACAUUUGAUUAAUCUGCCAGAGCUUCGUUACAUGGGAUUCUCACGAAAUUAUUGUAACGCAGUUGGAUUAACGACAUUAGAUUGGACAAAGUUGGAAAACCUUCAACUGGAUGUCAAUUUUCUGGGGAGUUUAUUAGCCAAUUCUGACCGUGCAAAUAUUUUUGAUCUUCUCCCUAAUUUAAAAGUUCUUAAUCUAUCUUCUAAUGGAAUCACUACAUUGUUUUCUAGAACAUUUCACCGAUUGCAGAAAUUGCGUCAUUUAGAUCUUAGCUUUAACAACAUAGAGAAUUUCGAUCUGAAUCUGAAGCCACUAGAGAAUUUGCUUAUAAUUGAUUUACAGGUCAAUUCUGUGCAUACACUUAAGGGAAAUAUUAUUCAGCAAUUAGAGAAAAAUUCAAAACGUCUAAAUACGUCAUUUGCAGUUGAUUUGCGAAACAAUUCUAUCUCAUAUGGCUGUGAUAAUCUUCUUUUUUUGCAAUGGCUGGCUAAACACGAACACAACUUUGUAGGUUUUAAUAGCUACUGGUUUGUUGCGGACAAUAGUUCGAUACUUUCUUCCGAUGAUUUCAAAAGAGACAUAGAACAUUUGCCAAAGAGAUGCAAAACGUACGUCGAACUGAUUGUAAUUUGCUCUAUUUCGGUUGCAGUUUUUCUUUCGAUUGUUAUCGGAGGUGUGAUUUAUAAAACUCGUUGGAAGCUACGAUACCUCCUUUUCAUGUCAAAACAGCGAUACUUUGGCUACCGAAGACUUGAAGACGAAACUUUAAUAGAAAACUACAAAUAUGACGCAUUUAUUUCCUACGCCGACGAAAACAUAAGGUUUGUUCGUGACAGGAUUAUUCCGGAGUUAGAACGUCGCGGACUCUCACUCUGCAUUCACCAGCGUGACUUUUUGGCGGGAAAUGACGUGACGGACAACAUUAUCAACGCUAUUCAAUGUAGCAAGAAAACUAUCACUAUUCUUUCGAAUGGAUUUCUCCGUAGCAAAUGGUGCAUGUACGAAUUUAACAUGGCCCGAAUGGAAACUAUAUACACUCGGGAAGGUCGAGGCUGCCUGGUUGUAGCCAUGUUAGAGAAGAUCCCGGUUGACCGAAUGACGGCGGAAAUGCUGCAGUGGAUAAAGGAAAACAGUUAUAUUGAGUUUACGAAGGAUGAGGAUGGAGAGGCGCUCUUCUGGGAAAAUCUUACGGACAGCAUUAAAAACUAGAA